AAAAGGGAGACCUCAUUUCUAUUUAAAGUCUCAAAACCACAUGUAAUAGAGCAUACCUACUAAUUUUUGCAAUAAUGGAGAAAGCCUUCACAUUUUUUCUCUCAACGCUCUUCUUGCUUAUGGCUACUUCAGCCUUGACCCGAACCAACAUUACUACUGAUCAAUUGGCUCUUCUAUCCUUAAAAUCCCAAAUUAUUUCCGACCCUUCUCACCUCUUGAAUGAAAGUUGGUCUCCCUCUACAUCCGUUUGUCAUUGGGUUGGAGUCACUUGUGGCUCUCGUCACCAACGAGUGAGGUCCUUGAAUCUUUCCAACAUGGAUCUUACAGGGAGGAUUCCCCGUGAAUUUGGAAACCUCUCAUUUCUUGUUUCUCUCAACUUGCGAAGCAACAAUUUCCAUGGAAAUUUGCCUCAAGAAAUGACACACUUGCAUCGGCUUAAGUUUCUUGACUUAAGUAUCAACUACUUCAGCGGGGAGCUUCCCUCUUGGUUUGGGUUUUUACACCAACUUCGAUUUCUAAGUCUUAGGAAUAAUAGUUUCACGGGUUCACUCCUCUCUUCAUUUUCUAAUAUUUCAAAGCUUGAAACUUUGAAUUUGGCAUCCAAUUCCUUAGAUGGUCAAAUCCCGAAGGAGAUUGGAAGUGUUGAAAACCUGAGAUAUUUAAACUUGUAUGGAAACAAUCUCAUAGGCUCCAUACCUCCGUCACUCAUGAAUGCCUCGAGGUUGGAUUCUUUAGAUAUAUCUUUUAAUUCACUUCAAGGAAAUAUUCCAGAAGGGAUUGGCAAUCUUCACAACAUGAAGUUGUUGGGCAUACAAGUUAAUCAACUUACAGGUUCUAUACCAUUCACAAUUUUCAAUAUCUCAAGAAUUGAAGUCAUUGCAUUUACAAGAAAUAGCCUUUCAGGAUAUCUUCCCGAUGGUUUAUGCAAUGGUCUCCCAAUACUCAAAGGGCUUUAUCUAUCAAAAAAUAAGCUUCACGGUCAUAUGCCUACAAGCUUAUCAAAUUGUUCACAACUUCAAAUUUUGUCUUUAUCGGAAAAUGAGUUUGAUGGACCAAUACAUAGUGAAAUAGGAAGAUUGAGUAAAUUGCAGUUCUUCGGAAUCGGAACUAACCAUUUCACUGGGAUAAUUCCACAAGAAAUUGGAAAUCUUGUUAAUUUGGUAGAGUUAGGCAUGGAGGAAAACCAGAUUACCGGCUCUGUCCCGAUCUCCAUAUUCAAUAUCUCAUCGCUGCAACGUUUGUCACUGGCGCAGAACAAUCUUAGUGGAUUCUUACCACGAGGGAUUGGCAACUUAACCAACAUGCAACUGCUACAGCUUAGUGAAAAUAAGCUUAUAGGUGAAAUACCCAAAGAGAUAAGCAAUCUCGUUGAGUUGGAGAAACUUGAUCUUGCUGCAAAUAGUUUUAGUGGUUCGCUUGAUAUGGAGAUCUUCAACAUAUCAUGGCUGAGAAUAAUUGAUCUUACAUUGAACAAUCUAUCAGGAAGCCUCCCACCAAACAUAGGUUCUAUCUUACACAACAUUGAAACACUCAUUCUGGGUAGCUUAACCAAUCUUGUUGGGACUAUUCCUCAUUCCAUCUCCAAUUGUUCAAAACUUACUAUUCUUGAGCUUGCCGGCAACAAACUCACAGGCUUGAUUCCCAAUUCUCUUGGAUAUUUGACUCAUCUACAGAUGCUAAAUUUAGGGGGAAACAAUUUAACCAGUGACUCAUCAUUAAGCUUCCUGACUUCCUUAACCAAUUGCAGAAAUUUAACAUUUCUAUCUCUAUAUAUGAAUCCACUAAACGGCAUGCUUCCUGCCUCCGCAGGGAACCUUUCCACAUCUCUUAGAACAUUUUUCGCCAUGAGUUGUAAAAUUCAAGGGAGAAUUCCAGAUGAAGUUGGGAACUUAAGCAGCUUAUUAUUCCUUUCUCUUUCCAUAAACAACUUGGUUGGAUCGAUUCCCACAACAAUUGGAAACUUGAGAAAUCUUCAGCGGUUCAACUUGAGUAACAACAAACUUACAGGAUUUAUUGGAGAUCAUAUAUGUAAAUUGCAGCAUUUGGGUGAUAUUUACUUGGGUCAAAAUCAACUUUCAGGAUCACUUCCUAGUUGUUUAGGGAAUAUUACGUCUCUUAGGGAGAUACAUCUGGGUUCCAAUAAAUUGAGUUCCAUUAUACCACCAAACUUAAGGAACCUUCAAGAUCUAGUGGUUCUUGACUUAUCGUCAAACAACAUGGUAGGUUCUUUACCUCAAGAAAUUGGAAAUCUAAAGGCUGUAACAAAGAUGGAUCUGUCGAUAAAUCAAUUCUCAUAUGAAAUUCCUAGAGAAAUUGGAGGCUUGCAAAAUUUGGCGUACCUUUCUUUGAGACACAACAAGUUGCAAGGAGCUAUACCUGACUCAAUGAGCAACAUGGUAGGUUUGGAAUUCCUAGACCUUUCUCAUAAUAAUAUAUCUGGAAACAUUCCUAAGUCUUUGGAGAAACUUCAACACUUGAAGUAUUUCAAUGUUUCUGUCAACAAAUUGUAUGGGGAAAUACCCUCUGGGGGUCCUUUCAAGAACAUCUCGAGUCAAUUUUUCAUCUACAAUGAAGCAUUGUGUGGUUCUUCAAGAUUUAGUGUCCCACCAUGCCCAACUUCAUCAAAGCACAAAUCAAAUAGGAAAAAAUUGCUUGUUCUAUUUGUUCUGCUUGCAGUUGCAGUUGUAUUUGUUCCUACGACCUUUGUGCUCCUAUGGAUAAGGUAUAGAAGAGGUAAGAGAGCUCCUCAACAAGCAGACUCAUUGUCUACCUUAACAAGAGAAAGAAUUUCAUACAAUGAACUGCUCCAAGCAACUGAUGGGCUUAGCGAGAGUAAUCUGAUUGGUUUUGGAAGUUUUGGCUCGGUGUACAAAGGCAUUCUCAGAAGUGGAACUGUCAUUGCAGUUAAAGUGUUCAAUCUACAACUGGAUGCGGCAUUCAAGAGUUUUGAUACGGAAUGUGAAGUUUUGAGUAGCCUUCGCCAUAGGAAUCUCGUAAAAGUCAUUACUAGUUGUUCUAACCUUGAUUUGAAGGCUUUAGUGCUCCAGUAUAUGCCUAAUGGGAGUCUUGAGAAGUAUUUAUAUUCGCACAACUACUUCCUCGACAUCAAGCAGAGACUAAGAAUAAUGAUAGAUGUGGCAUGUGCUUUGGAAUAUCUUCACCAUGGGUGCUCAUCGCCUGUGAUUCACUGUGAUGUAAAGCCUAGUAACGUCUUGCUGGAUGAGGAUAUGGUUGCACACCUAAGCGACUUUGGCAUUUCAAAACUUCUUGGUGAAGAUGAAAGUGAUUUAUACACAAAAACAUUAGCAACAUUGGGUUAUAUUGCACCAGAGUAUGGACAAGAUGGAUUGGUGUCUACUAAAUGUGACGUGUAUAGUUAUGGAAUCAUGUUGCUGGAAACGUUUACCAGGAGAAAGCCUACUGAGUUUGAGGGAGAUCUUAGCUUGAAGCACUGGGUGAGUUAUUCACUUCCCGAUGCAGUAAUAGAUGUUGUGGAUUCCAACUUGGUUCCACCGAUGGAUAAUCACUUGAAGAAGAAGUUAGAUUGUGUAGCAUCAAUCAUGAAAGUGGCAUUAGAUUGCUGUGCUGAAUCUCCGGCAAGACGGACAAACAUGAAAGAUGUUGUAGGGAUGCUACAAAAGAUCAGAAUUCAACUUCUCACAUGUUGAACAUGCUCUUGGAAAUUCUUGUUCCGAAUAACUUCUUUUGCUGAAAAUGUUUGCUAAAUAAUUGUAUUGAUGAGAAGAAUGUAUUUUUUUUAUUUUUUUUUGUCUAUAAAAGGAAUUUUAUGAAAAACUCCUACACUUGUUUAUUC